AUGCUAAGUAUUUCAGAGAGUGGAACCCUGAAAGAUAAGGAAGAAUCUGAGUUAAUGGAGCAAAUGUAUCCAUGUGUUUCUAAGAACUCCAAACCAUGGCUUGAUUUGAAUUUCUCUCUCUCUGCCCUGAUGUCCACCAUAGCCCAUGAGAAGGAGAGUCAGGGUGUUAACUCUAUUACUGACUUUAUUCAACAGCGUCAGACCAAUGUUGAUGAAUGUACCGUAGUGAGUGGAGGCUGCCAACAGCGCUGUAUUAACACUCUGGGCACCUUCCAUUGUGCAUGUGAUACGGGGUACAGUCUCCAUGCUGAUGAACGCACCUGCAUAACGAUGGACCCCUGCAUGGGUGGAAAUGGAUGUGCUCACAUCUGUCAGAGUGAGCAUGGCGUGGCCAGAAGUGCCUGUCACGCAGGGUACCAGCUGUCUGAAUACAAAAAGGCCUGUGCAGAUGUAAACGAGUGUGUGGAAGGGCUUGCUCCCUGCAGCCAUCGCUGUGUGAACACAGUGGAAUCUUUCACUUGUGCCUGCCACCCUGGUUUUGAGCUGGGAGCUGAUGGAAAACAGUGUUACAGGAUUGAAUUGAAAAUUGUCAAUAGCUGUGAAAAGAAUAAUGGUGGUUGUUCCUGUCACUGUGAACAUGCAGUUGGUGGGCCCUGUUGCUCCUGUAACCAUGGACACCGGCUUGAUUCAGAUGAGAAAACAUGCAUAGACCUUGAUGAAUGUGAGAGUGGAGAAGCCUGCCGGGCCCAGCUCUGCAUCAACUAUUUAGGAGUUUAUGGAUGCAGUUGUCAGGAAGGCUUUCGGAUUAGUUCUGUUGUUUGUGGAUGUGAUGUUUUAGAUGAUGAUGAGCUAAAGGAAGAAGAAGAGGAAUUAGACAUUGUGAAGUUUCCAGGUCUUCUAUUCAAGAGCCCACCUCAACUGCUUCAUUAUGUGGCCACCUCUCUGCCUCUCACCCAUGAAGAUGAAGAAGAUGAGGGGGAAGGGGGGGAAAGAUAUUCGAGGAGAACUGACUGCUUUGCACAGAGUUUCUGUUUAGAUCAUGCCUUUGGACAAGACUGCACGUUGAGCUGUGAGGGCUGCAUGAAUGGAGGCUGGUGCCAGGAAGGAAAGAGUGGCUGCUCCUUCCCAGGUGGCUGGGGAGACAUUCUUUGUAGUGACAGUCAGACCAUGAGAACCAUACAGACUGUGUGA